AGUCUAUCGACCAGCUCCAUACGUAACACGCGCGGGCUGAGAUGUCGUCUGCUUUGUGACAACGCGUGGUCUGCAGACGACACUCCGCGUGUAAGGAUGGAUGCCUGUUCGCAGUGUCUUGCGCGUGAAUUUCGAUCGGAAAAUGCUGGACUAGGAUACGAAAAUCCCCCAGCAUUCGUCACAUCCCAGUGGCCUGUGAAGCAGCGGUUUUACGUGGUGUACCGGGCGCUGAUAGCAGUGGCCAUCACGGGCUGGUGCGCGGCAGACAUCACGUACGAGUCCACCACCUUCUACGACUACAAAGUAUGGAAAUGGUUUAUAUUUGCCACAAACUGGAGCUUCCUCCUUCUAGCGCUGUCGGCGAUAUACAUCGCCUUCACAGUUGCCGUGUAUACAUGUCGACCAUAUUGGAUUAUGGAUCCGAUGUACCCGAGAAGUAUGCCGAUCGUUCUACGUCUACAGUGGAUCAUCUACAACCUGAGCUGUAACUCCGCCAUUGUGGUCACCAUGUCCUACUGGUCAUUCGUCGCCUUCUUCUCACAUUCGGAACUGCUGGCUACACCGAUGAGCCGUGUCAAGCACACCAUGAACACUGUGUACGUCAUCACCGACAUCAUGAUCAGCGGCACCCCGCUACGUGUGCUACACAUGUUCAUGACAAUAACACUCGGCUCCGUCUACGCUCUCUUCAACGCCAUCUACUUCCUCAACGACGGCACUGUAACGGACUCUCGUGAAGAGAGACAUUACGCUUAUAACUUCAUGAACUGGAAUAAGCCAGUAGAGGCUGUCAUCACCUGUGUUCUCUGCGUCCUUCAAGCGAUGCUGGCACAGGUCAUCCUCAACCUCCUGUAUCGGCUCCGGAUGUGGGUGUUUUCCAAGUUUUACUACGUUCCAGAUGACCCCACUCUAGACUCGGAGAUGCAGAACAUUGUCAUGUCGACCUCCACAAGCUAUAACGCUGUCGAUGACAAGAGUCUAGCCAGUGACGGACGCUAUGCUGAAUAACCCCUGCUGUGCGUAGGAUAAUAAUUCAGAUAAUUCAUUCACAGCAAAAUAUCAAGAAGCAUUCUUCAAUUUAAGGAAAAUGGGCCACAAACAUUUUAUUUUGAAACUGUAUCUGAGGACAUAUGUACAUGCUUUGCGGUUAAGGGGCAACAUAUUCUUAAUAAGUCGUUUUUGAGACAACGUGUUCUGUCGAAAGAGGAUGACAAAAUAAUUACUUGUAAAUCUUCAUAGUUUUUAAAAAAAUGUACAUAUAUUCAUAACAUACGUCUCAACGUUCGCUCCACUUCCUAGCGCCAUUAAACAUUACGUACUAGACAAUCGUUAUGCAUCUACUAAAAAUAUUACGACAUUUGAUUAGGUUGUGAAGUGUGUUUUGACAUUCAUAUGUAGAGAACAGGUUUUCAGUGGUGUGUAACCUUCUCCGUAAGCGCUCCUCCCUAUCUGUCCCGUCUUUCAAACAUGCCGCUCAUGCUUUCCCCCUUGGUGCUAAGUAUCCGUGACGUCAUAGGUUGUGUUUACAUUUCCUGUGACGUUGUACACAAGACUCGAUGACGUAUGAUGGACAAGUAUUGACCCACAUUGGUGCUAACCUUGACCUUGGUUAUACCUGUCUUGUAUAAAACGGCUUGGCACUGUUUGAUUUAGACUGGAUCCGUUUCGUUCUAAAUAUUAAAAACUUACAAGUUCAAGGUGUGUGAUUUUUAUGAAAAUGUGCGUAGAAAUUUCAGUUUAAUUUUCAUAUUUACAUUUACGUUAUGCGAUAGUUUUUGUGAUUAUUGGACACAUGUAAUAACAUGUUUAAUACCAGAUCCAGUCUGUGUGUUACCACAAAGCUUUGAUGUAUUGUACAUGCUCCCGUAGAAUCCUCCUAGUGUGUAAAUAGUUGAUAUAGAAGUUGAAAUGUUAUUGUUACUCAUCUUAGCAUUAUAAUAAGAAAUUGUUGAUAGCUUAGUUAAAUGGUUAAUGUUCGUUGACUAGAUGUAUUGUAUUGUUAGAUAUAUGUAGAAACUGUUUCUAUCAUAUAAGUGAUUAUAUUUGAAUUAUAUCUAUAUUUUACAGAUUUUUCUAUUCCAUCCAUGUUAUUUCAAUGUUUCACUUGCUCAUGUCAUAAUUUUGCUGUGAUAAUCUGUCAUCGUGGUGUUGAUUCAUCUUUAUUUAUGAUUAUUAUGUGAAUUAAAAUGAAGUAAAAUCGAAA